UUGUGUUUAUAUUCCUAAUUUACUUUGAAUAUUUUUUUCUCAUUUUUUUGACAAAUACAAAUUUCUGAUACCCAACGUUCCUGCCUUUUGAAUUGCUAUCAAAUUCGUCCAUCAAACACAAAAUGCUUAACUGUAGAGCAUUUGACUGCCCUGAUUCAAAUACUCGUACAAGUCUUAUUCUUACAAAAAAUAAACUAUUGGUUGAACUUUCUCAAGAUGACACCGAAGAAACAAUUUCAAAUUACAUAAAAAAUGGAAUCAUCAACUUUGGCUUAGAUCUUUUCUUUGGUUCGGUUCAACAAAAUUUGAAAAUCAUUGCGUUCCUCAAAAAGGCCUCCUUAAGAGAAUCAGAGUUGUUGGGAUUUUCAAUUCCAUUAUCGAUUUAUGUCAAGCUAAGUCCUAGACUUCAAUAUACUGGAAGAUUUAAGAGAAAUAAAACUGCACUGCAUUUAAAGGUCCAUCGGAAGGUUACUCUGACGACGAACAGAGAUUAUGCAUCUGCUUCAUGUCAUAGCAUCAUCUAUGUCAAUGCAAAGUUUCUUAUUGGUGACGUGAGAAAAUGUGACAUAAUUUGCUUGGGUAGAUAUGUUCAAUUGCAAGUUCUUGAGGUCCAGAGUCAGCUUUUAAUAUGCAAUGUCAUUGUUGCGGGUGUGGUAAGACCACAAAUGCCAGUAAGGUUCCCUAAGUACAUCGAAGAAGCACACUCAAAGAUUUCCGCUGAAGAACUUGAAGACAUUGGUUUGGCCAUGGGAACUAACAUCAAUGUAAUUGUUUCAUUUACACCUGGAAAUGAUAAGUACUGCGCCGAGCUACGUGACACCCUAGCAGAGUUUAAGUGCAAUCAUUUUUAUUUAUUCACUCGUUUAAAUUUAUCAUGUUUGGAAAGCUCAGAAGAUGCUCAUCGGAUAUCUGAUGAAUAUGAUGGUUUUCUAAUCGAUUACUCAAACACAGUCUGUACGGAUGACAAAAUUGUCAAACUAUCACCUUUAGCUCGAGAAUUCAUGGAGAACUCGUAUCGAAAAAAAAAACCAAUCUUUUUACUUGGGUGUUGGUCGAAUUUGAUUGAUCCUUCUGACUAUCGGUGUGCUUUUCAAUAUCCCGACAAGUAUGUUCUUCCUUGUGAUUUGAAGUUUUUGCACCUCUUUGAAGCCAUAUUUCAUAAUCUAUCCAAAACGGACCUUCUCGGAAAUCAACAAAAUAUGAACUUAGGUUCAAACAAUGCAUUUGCGCGAUCUAUCGCAGCUGCUUCAUGGGAUUUUCAAGCAGAAGCUAUUAUAGUUUGUUCUACGGUUGGUGAGAUGGCAAUUCGUAUUUCUCAUUUUAGACCAAAAUCAGUAAUUGUGGCGACCACAAGUUUGAAUAGUGCUCUCAAUUAUUCAUCAAUGCAUCAUAAUAUUUGUAUGUUAUCAUUUAAUUAUAAAGACAAUAACGAUUCAUUGGUAUCGCACAAAGAGGAAAAUCAUCAGAAAUUAAUCCACGGAUUGCGGUAUGCUUUGUUCAAGAAACAUGUCAAUAGUUCUGAUACUGUAAUUCUGGUAUAUCGUCAGCACUUUCAUUAUGGAUCAACUGAUAAAUUUGUUGUUGUCAACAUUGACGAUGACUAUGAGGAGGCGAUAAGAAAUGUUAUUUUUAAUUGAAAAUAAAACUUAUUGCUUUGUCAGUUUGAAAAUU